UUUCCACACUUGUUUGUUUGUUUGUUUGUUUUUUUGAAAUGGUAGGGCUAGGAAACAGCCGCCGAGGGAUGAAGUCUCCACCCCUUCUCGUAGCUGCGCUCCUGGCAUGUAUCAUUGUUUUGGGCUUCAAUUACUGGAUUGCAAGUUCUCGCAGCGUGGAUUUGCAGAAUCGGAUCAUGGAACUAGAAGGCAGAGUCCGCAGGGCAGCAGCAGAGAGAGGUGCAGUUGAGUUGAAGAAGAAUGAAUUCCAAGGAGAACUAGAGAAGCAACGACAGCAGAUUGAUAAAAUCCAAUCCUUGCACAGUUUUCAGAUGGAAAAUGCCAACAGACUACAUCGGGAAGAGAAGGCAACGCUGAUGAAUAAUAUCACAACAAAUGAGCGACUGAUGCAGACUCUACAAGGCUGCUCUGUUUUUGAGGAGCAUAGUUGUAAAUUGCGUAUUAUUCAAGGAAGAACUAGGAAGUUCUCAUAUGACUUGUCACAAUGCAUCAACCAAAUGAAAGAAUUAAAAGAACAAUGUGAAGAAAGAAUAAAUGAGCUUACAAAAAAAGGCAGCGAAGUGCCACAGAUGAAAGAAAACAAAGACUUCUCAGAAGAUUCCAACAACAAUCUCCAGGUUAACGUUCAACAGCCUGCCUUUAAGCAAGCGGAGUUCCAGCAGGCUGGCUUGGAACAGCAGAAAGCCAACGAAGAUGUACCCAGAGUAGUACCUACAGCAAAAAGGACAGACUCUCCUCAGGCUAAAGAAAGAAUAAAUGGACUUGUUGCCAUCAGAAAACAGGAACCUAAAGCAGAGGAGGAGAGGCUUUUUAGUGAACUGAAACACCCACAGGAUUCACUCAAGGUUUCCACAGACCCUAAGGAGAUGCCACCUGCACUAGAGAAAGGACUGAAUCCAUACGAAGAUGCAAGACAUGUGGCUGGGCAAGUGCCUGUAAAGUCAGCAGUGGAGCAGGCUGCCAAUCAGGAGGUGGAGCGGGAGCAUCUCUUAAAUUACGACGCUCGGCAGGAUGACCUGCGCCCUGGAACAGAUGACAAACAGGGACAUGAAGCACUGAACCAGGACAAAGAUGUUGACUACAAUUUAGAUGAGAACGAAGCUGAAUCUGAAACGGACAAGCAAGCAGCGCUUGCAGGAAUUGAAAAUCACUUGCCUGUUCAAAACCAUGAAGACAAUAUGAAGAACCACUUAUUUGAUCAAGUAGAAGAACGACAGAAGUUGUGAACAAGGGAGGUUCACGAUGACUUGAUCACCUCUUCAUAUAAAUGCAGCAGUGAUGACAGCCAAGUGAUUUGAGAACAUUUCGAUUAUCUUCUCAAGGCUUUAACAAGGACACAAAUGAAGUAGUUUUUUGUUGUGAAGUUUUAGUACUAUUUCAGUGGUGAAAAACAUUAUCUUAAAUCUCUGGAGGCUUGUUUCAAAGCAGCCUGACCUCUAUAAUGACUCUUCCUUCCUCCUGAUUAUAAAACUGAAACUAACUAGCAAUAACUGUAGUAACUUUGAAGUCAACUACCUUGUACAAUCAUUCAACAAUAACCAUUUGUGUGGAUUGGUGGUAGGUGGCAAAGAGUCCUCUGCUAAGGACAUCUCUCUGCCUUGAUCGAUGCAGUAGAGAGAUCUCCAACCUAGGAGGUUAGAAGAUAAGCUCCUAAGAGGAGCUUAAGCUAACUUACCUUGACAAAACAUGUGAAGAAGGAAAUAACUGGCCCAUGCUAAAGUAAGUCUACUCUCAUGCCAGUUCUGGAACUUUCUAUACUGCAAUGUAGCUGGAUAGUUUCUUGGGCCUCACAGACUAAAUCUGUGAGCUUACGAGGGCUGUACCAGGACUGAAUCAUUGUCCUCGUUGAUUUCUUAGCUUUUAGGUAUUAAAAAAAAAAAAUCCUGAAAACAGUAUCUUCUUCUCUGAGAGAUUAGCCUAGUUUUACAUGAAAGUUUUUUGAAAGCAGUGUUGGACUCCUCUUCACAAGAUCAGUAGUACAGGAUGGAUCAGUUCUCACUAACUUGCACAACUUCAGAGUGUAAAAAUUCUGACACGCUCACUCCUGAACUUUUGAUGGUAGAUGCCUUGUGAAAUGGUGUGCUACAUCUGCCUUUUACUCCACCCAGGCAGUAUCUUCUGCUAAAAAGUAGAAAGGCAAAUGCUUAGCAUACUGAAUUGUUCAAAGCAAAUAAACUGUUGGACUCUUGAAGAACGUAAACCAGACUAUGCAUUUAACAGACAUUUCAGUGUCUCCCACAGGGGAAGCUGUAGCUAUUGUGAAGUGCUGUAUUAUGCACAAUGUAGCAGUUGCUCAUGUUUUCUAGUCUUAGUCUUCUGCAACUUGUUGAAUGUAAACUAGAAACUAGUUUACUUGAGAUAAACUAGAAAUACCCUCUGCUACCAUUAAGACGCUCUUUAAGAACCAGAAGUGCUUGCCUUCAGUGAGGCAUCUGCUACAAUUAGGGAUUUUUGAAGCACCGUGGUCCGUUCGUAAGUAAGUUAAAUCCUUUUAAGAGAGAGUUUCUGUAGGAGCAAGUUUAUCCCUGCUGUUUCUCAGCUGUUUGUUAGUUUUGGUCAGAGUUCACCUGUAAACCCUCAGUACAGAAGACUGUGGGGAGUUGGCUCCUGGUACUUGGUGCUGCUGGCAGCAGUACGCAUGCCAUAGUCUGGCAGGUUACUGUGCAAAAAGAAGCCGAGUCACAACUGCAUUUUGUGCAGCCAGCUGUUUUAAAUAUUGUAUUUGUGUCUGUUCUUCUUGUGUUUAGAAUCAUCUUUGUGCGUAUAACCAACCUACACAGCACAGCAUGAGAGAAGACAGGCAUGGCUAACUUCCCAACAAACAAUUUCAUUUAAGAAAACAUAAAUUUGUCAU